AUGCCUUCCUCUGGGUUGUCCAGCUCCUCUUACUCUGCGUCUCCUCAGCAGCGGCUAACCGCGGUCGUGUCUCAUCUUCGCAGAGAACGGAAACUCAAGGUCGUUGUAACUCGCGAUCUUGGUCCAGAUGUUAUGCCAAUACUGAAGCAAUGGGGCGACAUAGAGCUUGUGACUUGGCCGGAGGAUCGAGCCUGCGAAAGACAGUGGCUCCUGGACAAUAUUCCCGGCGCGUCUGGUAUAAUCGUCAUGCUCACAGACAAGGUCGACGAUGAGCUACUGGAGAAAGCGGGACGUCAGCUGAGGAUCGUCUCUACUAUGUCAGUUGGAUAUGAGCAUGUCGACCUUCGGGCUAUCUCACGAGCUGGAGUACGACUUGGGUUUACACCCGAUGUUUUGACGGACGCAGUUGCCGACUUGUCUGUCAUGCUCGCUUUGAUGGCUAGCCGCAAUGCUGGCCAAACCGCAUCCAUAGUGCAAGCCGGCAAUUGGCCGAACUCCCCGUGGGCUCCCUUUAAAUUCUGCGGCCCCCAACUCAGCACCUCUCAAUUCUCUCCAACGCGCACCGUCGGCUUCCUGGGCUUCGGUCGCAUCGCACGCGCCACCCUCGCCCGUCUUAUUCCCUUCGGUAUAACUCAUUGCAUAUAUACCACUCGCUCCUCCUCCUCCUCAGAAACCGACGAGGACCCCACUCUCAAACCCUACCUCUCGGCGACCAACCCUCUCUCCUCCCUCAAAUCCAUUACCCGUGUCCCCCUCCCCACCCUCGCCGUCGAAUCCGACGUUCUAUUCGUCUUAGCACCAGGAGGACCCGAGACACAUCAUAUAGUGGGUGAAGAGUUCUUGAAGGGCAUGAAGAAGAGUGCGGUAUUGGUAAAUACUGCGAGAGGGACGCUUGUUGAUUCGGAGGCAUUAGCUAGGGCCUUGAGGGAGGAGUGGAUUUGGGGGGCGGGAUUGGACGUUGUGGAGGGGGAGCCGAAGAUCGGCGUGGAUCACGUUUUGCUGAAGGAGCCGAGAUGUGUGAUUUUGCCGCAUAUUGCGAGCGCGACAUUCGAGACGCGGAGAGGGAUGGCUACGCUUGCUGCGAAGAACUUGUUGGCGGCCCUGGAUGGAGGGGAUAUGCCGUCCGAGCUGGAUCUGAAAGGACGAGCAUGA